ACCGAGCUCGCGUCAGCCAAUCACGUCAGCUGACGGCGGGAGGAGGCGGAGGGAGGCGGGGGGAGCGUCAGUCACAGUUAACGGGCGGUUGAGCAAAGCGGAUCACAUUCUUCGGUCGUCGAACCGCAGCAUCUCGUAGUGGAUCAUGGAUUUCUGACUAAGCUGUCGAUUCAAACAAGCCAAAAUUACUCUUUUUAUCUAAGGCGUAGUAUCAUUUUCAUUUAACGGUUAUCCAUGAGAUUCUUCAGGCUUACCUUCAAGUGCUUCGUCGACUGCUUUUGAAUCUGCCCUGUCUACGGCUGAACUGACCGCGGAUCUUUGUGAUAUUUUCCAUCUCUUGGCUGAGCUGAGGGGUUCCGACGUACAAUUAAAAAAAAAAAAAAAAAAAAAAAAAAAAAAUUGGAAUGUUUUUUUUUCAAUUGCCAAAAUACCGAUAAAAAAUCCCCAAAACACCUGGAGCAGUUUUUUAUUGUUGUUACAUCUCUGUCUCUGAGCCCGCCGGGUGCCCUCUUCAGCCCGGCAUUCUUCAAACUUCGGCUGCCCCUCACCCCCGACCAAACAAAAACAACCUGCUUCCUCGUUAAUAUCAACUAUUUUUGUGACACUACCAAGCAAUAUGUCACCAGAGUUGGAGGAGAACAGCCAAGGUGAUAUCAGUAUUUCCCAGUUGGAAGCAGGGACUCUGUCUGAGGAGGAGGGUGGGGGGUCAGCUCGUCCCCUAGUACCUGUGCCUGCUGCAGGUCUAGGGUGCGAUGAGGGCGGAGGAGCUGGCCCACCGCAGACCCAGGACGGGGCUCCAAUUGCAACUGGAAACGGGGCUGUUUCAGGGCCAUUCGUUGAGAGACAAACCUGGACCAGACAGAUGGACUUCAUCAUGUCCUGCGUGGGUUUUGCUGUUGGUCUGGGCAACGUGUGGCGGUUUCCUUACCUUUGCUACAAGAAUGGAGGAGGUGUUUUCCUGAUUCCUUACUUGCUGAUUGUGUUCAUUGGGGGAAUUCCAGUCUUCUUCCUGGAGAUUGCACUGGGCCAGUUCAUGAAGCAGGGAGGGGUCUCUGCCUGGAACAUUGCGCCCCUCUUCAAAGGUCUGGGCCUGGCCUCAAUGGUGAUAGUGUUCUUCUGCAACACCUACUACAUCAUGAUCCUGGUGUGGGGCCUCUACUUUCUCUUCCAUUCUUUUAUUAACCCACUGCCCUGGGCCACCUGUGGACACCCCUGGAACACUCCCAAUUGUACGCAGGACUUUCGACGCAUCUGCCACAACCACAGUGCUGCCCAGCCUGGUUUGCCAUCAUCUGCUGCCAUCCCCUCCAACCUCCUCACCACCAUGUCCCCAAUGAACCUGUCCUCAUCCCAGCUCCUCCUCAAUGGCAGCUGCAUCGAGGCUGAGGGAAUGCGCUCCCCAGUCAUCGAGUUCUGGGAACGUAAAGUGCUUCGUCUGUCUGGAGGGCUGCACGAGCCUGGUGUCAUAAGCUAUGAGAUGGUGCUUUGUCUUAUAGCCACUUGGAUCAUUGUUUACUUCUGCAUGUGGAAAGGAGUUAAAUCUACUGGCAAGGUUGUGUACUUCACUGCUCUGUUCCCCUACCUGGUCCUGGUUGUUCUCUUGGCUCAUGGAGUCACUCUACCUGGAGCUUUGGAUGGCAUUGUUUACUAUCUAAAACCAGACUGGUCCAAACUUGGAGAAGCGCAGGUGUGGAUUGAUGCCGGCACUCAGAUUUUUUUCUCCUAUGCCAUCGGACUGGGUGCCCUUACUGCACUGGGCAGCUACAACCGCUUCAAUAACAACUGUUACCAGGAUGCAUUUGUGCUGGCCCUUAUUAACAGCGGAACCAGUUUUUUUGCUGGCUUCGUGGUGUUUUCUGUGCUGGGUUUCAUGGCUGCAGAACAAGGAGUUGACAUCAGUAAGGUCGCUGAGAGUGGUCCAGGCUUGGCUUUUAUAGCUUACCCCAAGGCUGUGACUCUGAUGCCUCUAGCGCCGCUCUGGGCAGCGUUGUUCUUCUUUAUGCUGCUCAUACUGGGUCUGGACAGUCAGUUCGUAGGUGUAGAGGGUUUAAUAACAGGAAUCAUGGACAUGUUACCUCCUAAGUCGGCCCUGGGCUCCUUGCGACGAGAGGUAGUUGCUGCAAUCUGCUGCUUCAUCUGCUUCCUGAUUGACAUGUCCAUGGUCACUGAGGGAGGGAUGUAUGUAUUCCAGCUGUUUGACUACUACUCUGCCAGUGGCAUUACUCUGUUGUGGCAGGCCUUCUGGGAGUGUGUUGUCAUUGCAUGGGUCUAUGGUGCAGACCGUUUCAUGGACGAUGUGGCUCGUAUGAUUGGCUAUCAGCCCCUACCCUACAUGAAGUGGUGCUGGUCUUACAUCACACCUUUUGUCUGUGUGGGAGUGUUCCUCUUCCACGUGGUGAAUUACAAGCCCCUGACCUACAACACAGUGUACACAUACCCCAUAUGGGGUGAAAUACUCGGCUGGGCGCUGGCUCUGUCCUCUAUGCUUUGUAUUCCUGUCACUGUUCUCUACAAAUUACUUUGUUGCAAAGGUUCUUUGCGGGAGAGGUGGCAGCACCUAACCACCCCAGUUUGGGGUAGACAUCACCUGGAGUACCUUGCCCCAGAGAGCGAGGCCAUUUUGCUGCCCCCUGCAGGAACCAAGAGCACGCUUCUCUUUGAGAGUGUCAUCUGAUGAGAUGAACUUUGACAUCAACACAUGCUUACACAAAAUCAUGCACCCUACACCGGCAUAGUAAGACUUAUUAGUUACACACCCUAAAAUUUGAAAGCUUUGAAAAAGCCCUGGACAAAUGGACCAAAAAUUACACUGGAGAAGAACUAAAACACACCUGCCCUCUUUCAGUCACACCCCCUGCUCCGUUUUCUCUACCUCGCUCCUUCUCUCCUUGCUUUCCAUCCCCUGCUUUUGUGCUGUCUCGUCCCGUCUCGUCUAGUGAGUGUGAUGCGUCCUGUGUAGCUACGAUAUCUUCCCUCUCCACACCUUUCCGUCAGUACUACAAAAGCCUCAUCUGUCCCAAGCCAUCUUGUUCAGAAUUACCAGAAACCUAAAAGAUUCUGGUUAAACUUAUUCAAACAAAAGACCUCAUAUCUGCUGCUGAUAUUCCAUUGUCUGGGUUGUGUAUGUGUGUAGCUGCACGUAUACCUGUGUGUGCCCGUAUAUCUGUAGGUGUGAAUGGGGUUGUGCAUGUGUUUUGUGAUAAACGUGGGUUGGACUUUGGCAGUGUUAUUUUGAUUUACAUGUGAUGCUGCCUUUGGCUGGUGAUUUCUGUCAACUGCUCUCUGAAUUAAGAGUACAAAAGUAACUUCCAUUUGUAAAAACAAAAAAUGUUAUCACAAUGAGACAAUGCAUCACAACUUCCAGCUGUGUAUUAUAAACUAACUUAAGUAUUCUGUGUAUUGUAGGUCUGUGAAUUAGAAUUAAUAUUUGGAGUGGGUGCAGAUAAUUAUUUCCAUACCAGGAGAUGGGGAGAAACAUCCGACUGAACUGUGUAGCAAGCAGGAGACUGGGUUGUGGGGAGGGGAUGGAGAGAAGCAAUAAAUGACCCGAUGAA